UUGAUUUGACUACGGUGGGAAACUGGUGACGGUCAGCCAUGUUUGGGCGGUACCGGCUUCCGUAAGCGAGUAGCUACGGUGUGACGCAGCGGGCUUAACUUAACGGGCAGAUCAUUUCUACUGUCAAGAUGGCGACAUCGGAACCGAAGGCACCCGAAACUGAAGAGCCGCAACCUGACACCCAAGUCGCGAACCAGGAACAGUACAUCAAACAUCCCUUGCAAAACAGAUGGGCCCUGUGGUAUUUCAAAAAUGACAAGAGUAAAACCUGGACAGAGAAUUUGCGUCUCAUUUCCAGAUUUGACACAGUGGAAGACUUUUGGGCAUUGUACAACCACAUACAGCAGCCCAGCAAGCUCGUUGUUGGCUGUGACUAUUGCUUAUUCAAGGAUGGCAUUAAGCCCAUGUGGGAGGACGACCGCAACAAACUGGGGGGGCGUUGGCUGAUGACCCUCAACAAAGUCCAGCGGCACAACGACCUCGAUCGCUACUGGAUGGAGACGCUCCUGUGUUUGGUGGGCGAGUCGUUCGACGAGGCGAGCGAUGACGUGUGCGGAGCCGUGGUCAACGUCAGACACAAAGCGGACAAAAUAGCCAUCUGGACCAGCAACUGCCAAAACAGGGACGCCAUCAUCACGAUAGGGCAAAUUUACAAGGACCUUCUGAGCAUCCCCUGCAAAGCCAUGCUGGGCUACCAGUCGCACGACGACACGUCCAGCAAGAGCGGCUCCACCACCAAGAACAUGUACUCCGUUUGAAAGACCCGACCUCAACGUUGACAUUUCAACUGGCUGCGUUUAGAUUUUAACAACAAUCGCAAGCCCAAAUCAUUAUCAUCAUCAUGUUAACAUUUUUGAGUUGGAUUCAACUACCGUAGUGUUGUACUCUUUCACUGGGGGGGCAACGCACCACCGCACCACCGCUCAAGUUCAAUGAGUUACGGUUUGUAGCUGGGCAAAAAUAACUGUUGGAGGAUUUAAAAGGUGUACAAAUGAGAUGGUUCAAGAACAGUUUUAACUUGAUUUAUUCUCUCAAGUGUUACACAAUGGGCCGGCACGCCGUCUUGAAGAAUCUACAAUAUCUUAAAAGUUUAUUAAAAAUAAAUAACUAAAAAAAAAAAAACUGUGGCCACGCUCCCCAGUGGUUUAGAUUUUUAAGGCCACUUAUUGUUUCAGCCAUGCUGGAAUUGUGGAUUAUUGCUUGUAGUAUUUUGUUUUUGUUGUUUUUUAUUUCUUCCCCCUUUGCCCUCUUUACAUUUAUUUAUAAUGUAUGCCUUGCAGUUGAGGUUGAAUGACUUUUUUUUUUUUUUUUUGGACAAUGUGGACUACUGCGUUCUCGAUGAGAUUUUUUUUUUACAGUGUACCAUACAGUAAAGAUACUGACCCAACUUUUGUUGUGCUUUCACUGUUCUCUUGCUAACAAAAUGUAGAUAACAACACACUCCCUAUCGCUAUUGUUCCAACUUUAAAAGAUGAUAUUCAUUGUGGAAUGAUUGUUCUUUUUUGUUGUUUUUUUUUUUACAUAGUGUAUAUUAUCUUUUCUGCCUGGAUGUAUUUUACCUUCUUUCAAGUAAAGGUUAAGUGCUUUGCAUUAAAUCCACAGGCUGCUGCA